CGCAAGGUUUUCUUCUGUUCUUUCCAGUCUCACUGGUUGUCCUGUUGUCCAUAAGAAGAAUCUGAUUCUUUUUUUGUCUACUAGUAGACAAUAGACACCUUGAUUGCAAAUUCUUUAUCGUUUACUCAUUUUGAUUAACCGAGAAUGGAACAUUGUUACAAUAAGGGCUGCGGAAAGCAGUUCAAAGUUUCGGAUAAUUCCUCCACAUCAUGUACUUUUCACCCUGGAGAACCGUAUUUCCAUGACGCAUACAAAGAAUGGACGUGUUGUAAAAAGCGUUCCACGGAUUUUACGGAGUUCCUCAAUUUUAAGGGAUGCAAAACAUCCUUUCACUCGCAUGUGAAACCGGUGGAAAAACCCAAACCAAAGCCUGUCGAAGUGGUCGACGAAAUCUCGAAGCCUCCAGCGAAACCUCAGGAACCGAUGCAGCGACCCGAUGCCAGUUCGCCUUUAAUCCCUCUGCCCGUCCAAGUCACGGCCUCUCUCAAAAAGUCUCUGGAAGAGCAACUGGAAAAGCUGAAGCUCCUAGCGGACGGUGAUAAAAGCGAAAAUAAUGCCGUGAAAGUUGGCGAUCCCUGCCAACAUCGUGGCUGCGCUGUCAAAUACGACGGCCCGCAAAGUGACCACUCCAAGUGCAUUUAUCAUCCGGGCUUUCCCGUGUUCCACGAAGGGAUGAAGUACUGGACUUGUUGUCAGCGGAAGACGAGUGAAUUCGAUGUGUUUAUGAAGCAGGAGGGCUGUGAACAGGGCAACCAUGUCUGGAAGAAGACCGCCGCGGAGCUGCAGGCGGUGCCGACGUGUCGCACCGACUGGCAUCAGACGCCGUCGCAUGUCUACGCCACUUUCUACGCCAAAAACGCCGUUCCCGAGCAGUGCAGCAUCCAGGCUAAUCCGGUGAAAUUGAAGGUGAAACUGGUGUUCGAUGCGGGCAAAAGUCUCUUUGAGAAAGAGAUGGUGUUGGGAGGAAUUAUCGACAUUGAGCAGUCGGAUGUUACGUUGGCGGGCCCCAAAGUGGAAGUCAAGAUGAAGAAAGCUGAAGCGGCAGCAUGGAAAACUUUGGAUAUUAAAGAGAAUUAAUGUUCCCUUGCCGCCACAAUUUGGCAAGACUUACAUGUAUGAUCUUCAUUUUUUACGUUGGAAAAUAGAUAAGAAAAUCUUGACGCUGUUUUGACAUUCGAUGAUGGAAUUGGUGACCACCAUUGGUGAUUGGUACCUCAAUAAUUUCGUCUGCAGACGAUGUACGAUUGAUUUAUUGCGUAGUGUACAAGCAAAAUUAUUCAAAAAAUGCGCUUGAAAAUGAAAGGUGCGCUUGCGUCAA